GAUGACUUUCGGAGACAGCAAAGACUAGGAGCAGCGUCCCUGCUCCGGUGCACCUGCAACACACAGAGAGGCACCACUGUGCUUCUGUGGAGAACUCCUGACAGUCACUGCAGGGAUUUAUAUUGGAAGAGCAGUGACUGAGGAAGCAGAAUGAAUUUCAGCUUUGACCAGAGCACAGCGGUCGUUCUCCCAGGGAAUGUUGGGGCCUUGUCUGAUGGACUUACCCUCACCGAUGCAGCUGAUGGAGGUAUUAUUAUUGAGAACAUUCAACAAAACUCUCCAGUUGCAAAAGCUGGCACUUUGAAAAAAGGUGAUCAACUGAAUGCAGUAACAAUACAUUUUGACAAUCUAAACAGUAAAGAGGUUAGCAAAAUACUAAAAUAUUCAGAACCAUACAAAACAAGUCUAAAACUGAAUGAGAAAGAAGAACUCAAGAGUCCAGAUUUCAGAUACAACAGUCCUGACAUGGGAUCUGGUGAUCAGGCUUACUUAAAGCUAUACAACAGCAAGAUUAAACCACACCUUAAGCUAACAAAACCAGAUCUGAGUGUUGAUGGUCCAGACAUGGAUGUCAAUGGAAAAAAUAAAAUGCCUUCAUUCAACGUGAAAGGGAUAUCCUCUCCUGAUAUUGACAUGAACCUAAAGGCAACUAAAGAUGUUGACCUCAGACUACCAACAAAUAUUGAUCUCGCUGCUCCAAAAUUCCAAGCUGAAGUCAAAGGUCCAAGUCUUGAUAUAGAAACUCCAAGGUUGAAUGGCGCUAAGAUUGAAGGGAAGAUAAAGCCUCCAGGAUCAUUUUCAAUUUCAGGAGUCAAACCCAAAAUGGAUGUGUCUGCACCAGAGUCAAAGACAGAUGUAAAAGUUCCUGAUAUUGAUAUAGGAGGUGUAAAUGUUCCUGAAUCAAAAGCAAAUUUGAAAAUGCCAAAAUUGGAAAUGCCUUCCUUUGGACUAUCAGGACCAAAUGGACCAGAUGUGGAUGUUGAUGGUUCAGUAAAAGGUAAAGUAAAACUUCCCAAGGCUGACAUAUCAGCUCCGGAAAUUAAAACAGGGAUAGGUAUGGACCUGAAAAAGCCUACAAUUGGUGCAGAUUUUGAUAUGCCCGACAUGAACCUUGAAGUUCCUGAUGUAAAACUUAAAGGUUCAGGGAUUAAAAUGCCUUCACUUAACUUGUCAGGAAAAAAUGUUUCCAUUCCACAUGUGGAUGCCAAUCUACCAUCAGGAAACAUAGAUCUUGCUGGUCCAAAAAUAGAUGCUGAUGUCAAAAGUCCAAACCUUGAAAUAAAUGCUCAAAAUGUUGAUGACUUUGGUGCAGAAGGAAAGUUUAAAUUCCCAAAAUUUAAAAAGCCUACAUUUUCAAUCUCUGGAAACAAACCAAAAAAGCCUGAACUGGAUGCCUCUGUGCCAGAUUUGAAGACAGAUAUAAAGGCUCCAAAUGUUGACAUCGGAGUUCCAGAAGCAAAAAGCAAAUGGAAAAUGCCAAAAUUGGAAAUGCCGUCCUUUGGACUAUCAGGACCAGAUGUGGAUAUUGAUGGUUCACUAAAAGCACCUGGUGUCGAUGUGUCCAUUCCAAACAAUAAGGGAAACUAUGAGACUCCAAAUGUUGACAUCAAACUUCCAAAAGGGGAUAUAGAUGCAAACAACCCAGAUGCAGAACUCAAAGGAGGAAAAUUCAAAUUACCAGGAUUUAACUCGCCAAGCAGUAAAUUGUCAAUGUCAGGUACUGAUAAAGGACUGAAGAUGCCAAAAGGUCAGGUGGAACUUUCUGCCCCUGAUUUUCAGGGGGAUAUCAGCGGCCCAAGCCUAGAUAUGAAAGGCCCGAGUAUUGAUGUCAAUGCUCCAAGUCUUGAUGUUUCUGAAGCAAAAGGCAAAUGGAAAAUGCCAAAAUUGGAAAUGCCGUCCUUUGGACUAACAGGACCAAAAGGACCAGAUGUGGAUGUUGAUGGUUCACUAAAAGCACCUGGUGUCGAUGUGUCUGCGCCAAAUGUUAAGGGAAAUAUUGCAGUGCCAAAUGUUGAUUUAAAUCUUCCAAAAGGGGAUAUAGAUGCAAACAUCCCAGAUGCAGAACUCAAAGGAGGAAAAUUCAAAUUACCAGGAUUUAACUUGCCAAGCAGUAAAUUGUCAAUGUCAGGUACUGAUAAAGGACUGAAGAUGCCAAAAGGUCAGGUGGAACUUUCUGCCCCUGAUUUUCAGGGGGAUAUCAGAAGCCCAAGCCUAGAUAUGAAAGGCCCAAGUAUUGAUGUCAAUGCUCCAAGUCUUGAUGUUCCUGAAGCAAAAGGCAAAUGGAAAAUGCCAAAAUUUGAAAUGCCAUCCUUUGGACUAUCAGGACCAAAAGGACCAGAUGUGGAUGUUGAUGGUUCACUGAAAGCACCUGGUGUCGAUGUAUCUGUGCCAAAUGUUAAGGGAAAUUAUGAGGCUCCAAAUGUUGACAUCAAACUUCCAAAAGGGGAUAUAGAUGCAAACAUCCCUGAUGCAGAACUCAAAGGAGGAAAGUUCAAACUACCAGGAUUUAACUUGCCAGGUGGUAAAUCAUCGAUGUCAGGUACUGAUAAAGGACUGAAGAUGCCAAAAGGUCAGGUGGAACUUUCUGCCCCUGAUUUUCAGGGGGAUAUCAGAGGCCCAAGCCUAGAUAUGAAAGGCCCGAGUAUUGAUGUCAAUGCUCCAAAUGUUGAUGUUCCUGAAGCAAAAGGCAAAUGGAAAAUGCCAAAAUUGGAAAUGCCGUCCUUUGGACUAACAGGACCAAAAGGACCAGAUGAGGAAGUUGAUGGUUCACUAAAGGCGCCUGGAGUCAAUGUGCCUGCGCCAAAUGUUAAGGGAAAUAUUCAUGUGCCAAAUGUUGAUUUAAAUCUUCCAAAAGGGGAUAUAGAUGCAAACAUCCCAGAUGCAGAACUCAAAGGAGGAAAAUUCAAAUUACCAGGAUUUAACUUGCCAAGCAGUAAAUUGUCAAUGUCAGGUACUGAUAAAGGACUGAAGAUGCCAAAAGGUCAGGUGGAACUUUCUGCCCCUGAUUUUCAGGGGGAUAUCAGAGGCCCAAGCCUAGAUAUGAAAGGCCCGAGUAUUGAUGUCAAUGCUCCAAGUCUUGAUGUUCCUGAAGCAAAAGGCAAAUGGAAAAUGCCAAAAUUUGAAAUGCCAUCCUUUGGACUAACAGGACCAAAAGGACCAGAUGUGGAUGUUGAUGGUUCACUAAAAGCACCUGGUGUCGAUGUGUCUGCGCCAAAUGUUAAGGGAAAUAUUGCAGUGCCAAAUGUUGAUUUAAAUCUUCCAAAAGGGGAUAUAGAUGCAAACAUCCCAGAUGCAGAACUCAAAGGAGGAAAAUUCAAAUUACCAGGAUUUAACUUGCCAAGCAGUAAAUUGUCAAUGUCAGGUACUGAUAAAGGACUGAAGAUGCCAAAAGGUCAGGUGGAACUUUCUGCCCCUGAUUUUCAGGGGGAUAUCAGCGGCCCAAGCCUAGAUAUGAAAGGCCCGAGUAUUGAUGUCAAUGCUCCAAAUGUUGAUGUUCCUGAAGCAAAAGGCAAAUGGAAAAUGCCAAAAUUGGAAAUGCCGUCCUUUGGACUAACAGGACCAAAAGGACCAGAUGUGGAUGUUGAUGGUUCACUAAAGGCGCCUGGAGUCAAUGUGCCUGCGCCAAAUGUUAAGGGAAAUAUUCAUGUGCCAAAUGUUGAUUUAAAUCUUCCAAAAGGGGAUAUAGAUGCAAACAUCCCAGAUGCAGAACUCAAAGGAGGAAAAUUCAAAUUACCAGGAUUUAACUUGCCAAGCAGUAAAUUGUCAAUGUCAGGUACUGAUAAAGGACUGAAGAUGCCAAAAGGUCAGGUGGAACUUUCUGCCCCUGAUUUUCAGGGGGAUAUCAGAGGCCCAAGCCUAGAUAUGAAAGGCCCAAGUAUUGAUGUCAAUGCUCCAAGUCUUGAUGUUCCUGAAGCAAAAGGCAAAUGGAAAAUGCCAAAAUUUGAAAUGCCGUCCUUUGGACUAUCAGGACCAAAAGGACCAGAUGUGGAUGUUGAUGCUUCACUGAAAGCACCUGGUGUCGAUGUGUCUGUGCCAAAUGUUAAGGGAAAUAUUCAUGUGCCAAAUGUUGAUUUAAAUCUUCCAAAAGGAGAAAUAGAUGCAAACAUUCCAGAUGCAGAACUUAGUAAGCGAAAAUUCACAAUGCCAAAAUUUAACUUGCCAAGUGCAAAUUUGUCAGAUCAAGAAAUGAACCUUAAUUUAAAAGCACCAACUAUGACAAGUGAUGUGGAUGCUAAAUUGAAGGUUCCAAAGCUCAAGAAGCCCAAUUUAGAAAUUUCAAGACUUGAAGGGCCUACUGUGCGCUUAGAUGGCAAAGUAAAACUUCCCAAGGCUGACAUUUCAGCUCCAGAAAUGAAAACAGGGAUAGGAUUUGCUGGUAUGGACCUUAAAAAGCCUACAAUUAGUACAGAUUAUGAUAUGCCGGACAUGAACCUUGAGGUUCCUGAUGUAAAACUUAAAGGUUCAGGGAUUAAAAUGCCUUCACUUAACUUGUCAGGAAAAACUGUUUCCAUUCCACAUGUGGAUGCCAAUCUACCAUCAGGAAAUAUAGAUCUUGCUGGUCCAAAAAUAGAUGCUGAUGUCAAAAGUCCAAACCUUGAAAUAAAUGCUCCAAAAGUUGAUGACUUUGGUGCAGAAGGAAAGUUUAAAUUCCCAAAAUUUAAAAAGCCUACAUUUUCAAUCUCUGGAAACAAACCAAAAAAGCCUGAACUGGAUGCCUCUGUGCCAGAUUUGAAGACAGAUAUAAAGGCUCCAAAUGUUGACAUCGGAGUUCCUGAAGCAAAAAGCAAAUGGAAAAUGCCAAAAUUGGAAAUGCCGUCCUUUGGACUAUCAGGACCAAAAGGACCAGAUGUGGAUGUUGAUGGUUCACUAAAAGCACCUGGUGUCGAUGUGUCUGCGCCAAAGGUUAAGGGAAAUUAUGAGACUCCAAAUGUUGACAUCAAGCUUCCAAAAGGGGAUAUAGAUGUAAACAUCCCAGAUGCAGAACUCAAAGGAGGAAAGUUCAAAUUACCAGGAUUUAAUUUGCCAGGUGAUAAAUUGUCAAUGUCAGGUACUGAUAAAGGACUGAAGAUGCCAAAAGGUCAGGUGGAACUUUCUGCCCCUGAUUUUCAGGGGGAUAUCAGUGGCCCAAGCCUAGAUAUGAAAGGCCCGAGUAUUGAUGUCAAUGCUCCAAGACUUGAUGUUCCUGAAGCAAAAGGCAAAUGGAAAAUGCCAAAAUUGGAAAUGCCGUCCUUUGGACUAUCAGGACCAAAAGGACCAGGUGUGGAUGUUGAUGGUUCACUAAAAGCACCUGGUGUCAAUGUGUCUGCGCCAAAUGUUAAGGGAAAUAUUGCAAUGCCAAAUGUUGAUUUAAAUCUUCCAAAAGGGGAUAUAGAUGCAAACAUCCCAGAUGCAGAACUCAAAGGAGGAAAAUUCAAAUUACCAGGAUUUAGCUUGCCAAGCGGUAAAUUGUCAAUGUCAGGUACUGAUAAAGUACUGAAGAUGCCAAAAGGUCAGGUGGAACUUUCUGCCCCUGAACUUCAGGGGGAUAUCAGAGGCCCAAGCCUAGAUAUGAAAGGCCCGAGUAUUGAUGUCAAUGCUUCAAGUGCUGAUGUUCCUGAAGCAAAAGGCAAAUGGAAAAUGCCAAAAUUUGAAAUGCCAUCCUUUGGACUAUCAGGACCAAAAGGACCAGAUGUGGAUGUUGAUGGUUCACUGAAAGUGCCUGGUGUUGAUGUGUCUGCGCCAAAUGUUAAGGGAAAUAUUGCAGUGCCAAAUGUUGACUUACAUCUUCCAAAAGGGGAUAUAGUUGCAAAUAUCCCAGAUGCAGAACUUAAUAAACAAAAGUUGAAGAUCCCGAAAUUCACCAAGUCUAAAUUAGAGAUGUCAGGAAUUGAAGGAUCAAACAUGUAUUUAGAUGGUAAUGUCAAAAUUCCAAAGGCUGAUGUAUCAGCUCCAGAAGUUAAAACAGGGAUAGGAUAUGCAGGAGUUGACUUGAAAAACCGCACAAUUGGUGCAGAUUUUGAUAUGCCUGAUAUGAACCUUGAAGUACCUGAUGCAAAAGUCAAAGGCCCAAGUUUAAAAAAGCCUUCACUUAACAUGCCUUCAGGAAACGUUUCCAUUCCAGAUGUGAACAUUAAUGUACCAACACACAGUAUAAGAGGAGAUGCAGGCAUUCACAUGCCGGGUGUAGGAGCUCAGGGAAGAAAAUUGAAAGACCCCAACGUGGACAUGAAAGGUGCAAAGGUCGAUGUUAAUUUGCCAAAUCUUCAUGGUGAUUUUCGAGAAAUUGGUGUAGAUGUGAGCACACCAAAUCUUUAUGCUGAAGUGAAUGAUUCCAAAUUAAAUAUAGGUAGUGAUGAGAAUAUUAACAUGCAAAAUAAAUUUUCAAGGGAAACAUUUAAAAUAAGAUCAUCAUCUUUAUCUGAUGUUGAUGAUGUAUCUACACUGCCAGAAAGUGACCCCAAUUUAAAAGCAAGAACUUCCAGUACUCUUCAUGUCGCUGAUGCUUCUAUGAAUAAAAAAAGUAAGUUCAAAUUCCCAAAGUUCUUUAACUUCAGUCAUAAAUCAAAGGGAUCAGUUGACUUCACAAAGGCAAAGGCAGCAUCUUCUUCUGGGACAUUUACAUCAAAGUUGCCAUUGCCAGAACUUGAGUUCUCUGUGUCUAAAAACUGAAGACUUGCACAACUGGUAUUAUGAUGCAUGUUCUGCAUCAGUGAUAAAUUUACAAUCCCUUCAAAUCAAUUCAAAUACAGAGAAUCUUUGAUGUAUUAGUGCAAUAAUACAACACUGAAAUUUGUAUUUCCUCAUUCUUGUUGAGGAAAAACAAAAAUGUUACAAAACUAAAAAUGAAAAUACAACACAAUAAGGGAUCAGUCUGGAAUAUUGAGUUUGUUGCAGACCCUCACCUAAGACACCCACCAUCAGCUCAAUGCUAGCUUUUUUAAGUUCAGGACUUCAAUGAAAGGAUUUUGUUUAUGUACAUUAAAUCUACAGGUAACAGCAUGAAGAAAAGUUUUGUAUACAAGUUACUCCUGAAAUCAAUUCUUUGCAAUGAUUGUCUUUUGCCCUCUAAUAUAUAUAAAUAGCCAUUAUAUUUGGGAAUCAUGACUUUUUGCAAGGGAUGCUGCAUAUCAUUUGCCACAAAAAUAUGGUAAUAUUAAAAAGACCAAACAUUGAUAUCAAUUGACAUAGUCCUUAAAAGAUAGAAUAAGGGUAAUGCCUUUAUAUCCUAGGAAUCUUCUUGAAAACAUAUUUUAACUCUGAUAAUCUCCAGAAAUCUAUAAAUGAUCUUAAUACCAUUUAAUAUUUUAUAUAUAUGCUAAAUGUUCAGUUAAGUCAGGUUAGAUAAAAGAUUUUCUUCAUCAAACUUACAUAUAACAGGGGUUACUAUAAUAGAACACAGCUAGUAACAUAUUCAGAUAUGCUAAAUAUAUUUACUUAAAUGGAAAUGUAAAACUCAGGAUUGUACAGGUUUUCAUAAUUCUUCAAUGUCAAAUUCAAUUUGUAAAAUAUUCAGUUUCUUUAAUAUCGAGAACUUAAAACUUUGUAAAGAAAGUUUUACUGAAACAUUUUAAAUGGUUAUUGUAUAGUCUUACAAGAGGCCCUCAAGUGGUCAACCUCAAGGGUUAUUCUUCUGUAGCAAGUGUUAUUGCUUUAUUCCAAUAUGAAAUACUCAUUUUUUAUUAAAUUAACCAUGUAAUUAACAUAUUUGUAGAAAUAUGAUAAUAAAUGCUGUUGGGAUAAUUA